AUGUUGAACUUUAAUAAUCAAGCUACUGGAGAAAGAAGAUUGCUGCAGCUCAAUGAGUUAGAUGAAUUCAGAUCACAAGCCCUUGAAAAUGCCAAGAUUUACAAGGAGAAAACAAAGAAAUGGCAUGAUAAAAAACUAGCAAGAAGGGAGUUUGUAGAAGAUCAAAAGGUGUUAUUGUAUAACUCAAGGCUCAAGUUUUUUCCAGGGAAGCUGAAAUCAAGAUGGUCUGGACCAUUCAUAAUCAUCAAGGCCUCACUUUAUGGUCAUGUGGAGCUUAUGGAUAACAAAACACAGAGGACUUUCACUGUCAAUGGCCAUAGACUUAAGCACUACUUGGGAGACUCACUGGAUGAGCUAAGAGUGAACUAUAACCUCGGCUGA